AUGGAUCCCGGUGUUGCUGGACAUUUGAUUGGUCAAGGCGCCGCCUUGGGUGUUAUUCAUGUCCUCUCUGGUCCGGACCACAUCUCAGCGUUGGCCGCAUUGACGGCAACUGUCCCGCCUUACAAAGCUUUCAUGGCUGGUGUUCAGUGGGGUCUGGGCCACAGCACAGGCCUUAUCAUUGUAACUGGCAUCUUCGUCAGUGUCGAACACGAGGUGAUGGACAGAGUAGCAGGUUAUUUCGAUAUGGACCAUGUGGAGAGCCUUCCAUCCCCCCAAGGACUCCCUGGCCGCCUUAACACCGCGGGAGAAGGCGAGUUUCUCUGUUUCCCCCGUCCAGCGGCUGUCUGGUGA